AACAUCACCACCCCCUCCAUCUGUGUGAGAGAAAUGCGCUCCCCCACAUCCCGCAAGAAAGCGGGCCGCCGCCGCCGCUCCCCCCGGCUCCGUCGCCGGAUGUCUUUCCAAACUCAUGCCGCUAGGGGGAGGCGUCUCGCUUACUUGCGCCUAAUUAGCCACUCUAGGCUUUAGAGGAAAUACGGCGCAGUCCGGUUCUGGGCAUAGAGAGAUGGAGGUUGUAACCAUGGCAGAAGAGGGAAGAGAAGGGGGUUUUGAGGCUGCAAAGCGGAAGAUGUCGCUGAAGAGGUGUGAAAUAUGUAACACAGAAGAAGCAAAGUAUCGGUGUCCUCGCUGUAUGAAAUACUCAUGCAGCUUGGUUUGUGUGAAGCAACAUAAAACUACAUACAACUGUAAUGGAGUCAGAGAAAAAACGGCCUUUGUUUCCAUAAACCAAUUCAGUGACUUAAAUCUUCUAAGUGAUUAUCGGUUUCUGGAAGAUGUGGGAAGAAUGGCUGACCGUGCUGCUAGGGAUGGUGCUUCGCAUAGACGAAGAACAAAUAAAUUUGUAAACUUUUUGAGAAACCGAGCCCGGAGGUACAACAUCCACCUGAAAACUUUACCAAUUGGAUUCACAAAGAGACGAGAAAAUUCUACAUUCUUUAACAAAAAAGAAAAAAAGUUUUAUUGGCACUUGAAGCUCAUAUUUCCUCACAGUCAUGCCAAAUUCACAGAAAAAAGGGUGCCAGAUGAUAAGCCACUGUGUGAUGUUCUUAAGUACUAUAUUGAUCCUCUAGAAUCUGAUCCUGUCAUUUGUCAAAGGUUAAAAAUCUACACAGUGUCUCCUCCAUCAGAUAUACAGAUUCUAAUGAAAGUUGAAAUCACCCCACAUAGCACCAGCAGGUAUGAAGAACUAGAUGCCAGCAAAGGCCUUCUAGACAAUUUAAGAGGCAAGACUGUCAUUGAAUACCCAUCUUUGCACGUAGUUCUGAAAAAAUUCAAGACGGAUAUGGCUGUUCUUGGCUACAUUGAGAAUAAAGAUGCUGAGAAACUCAGUCAAGACUUAGUUGAGGAAAGCUCAUCUGAAGAAGAAGGAGAAAUCCGAGAUAGUUCCUGAAAAAAAUGGAGCAGCUAUCUAUACAGAUAACCUUUGUAUAUUAGGCUGGUAUAUUUUGAAUGUUUUUUAAUGUGUUGUACUUGAAAACAGAAAGAUGUUGAUCCAAACAUACCUAUUAAAUUUAAUGCACUAA